AUGCCGACUAUUCUGGAUUCCCCAACAAGCUAUUCGAUACUCCUGGACUCAAUCGGAUGUCUCUCAAUACCUCGAAUUCCGGAGUUGAAACAGUUUGACAGUGCUGAGCACCCACUUAUCAUCAUUCCUCUAGGAUUCUCUAUUAGAGCAUUAUUGGUUUCAUUUGUUGUCCUUUUUCAAGCAGUAGGAUUGGCUAUUCUGAUUAAUAUUCAUAUGAGCCAAAGUGACGAGAUGUUCGAUGAAUUAGAAGGAAUGGAAGAAGGCGGCGGUGAAGAACAACAAAAUCAAGAGAUUCCACAAGAAGAAGUUCCAGCCGAAGACUUUCCAAUCGACCAAGACAUUGAUGAUUUGCUCGGAGACGCCCCACUUCCAGAUAAUGAUGAAAUGAUAGAAGAAGACGAAGAGAGACCACAAACAGCAGAAUCUCGUGAGAAAUCGCAAGAAAUCGAGGAAGAUAACGGAUCGAAAGAAGACGAUGAAUCACCGAUAGCUCCAUCUAAUUUAGGGAAUGCAAUUGAUGCAUUAAUGAUGAAUUGGUGUCAGUUAUUAACCAAUGUAACCGUGAAACCACCUGUUCCCACACCAUCCACACUUGAUCAUGUCAAAGAAGGCGCCGAGGUUUGCAGUAAACAUUUCCGUGAUGCAUCAGUGGACGUGAAUAAUGAAUUCACUCGUCUCGGAAUUCAAUGGGAAAUGGAAGAAUUGAUGGAUCAGGCGGUAGUUGAAGAGAAGAAUCUGGAUGAAGCAAUCGAAAGACAAUUCAAAUUAAUGGAAAACGCAAGAGAGAUUAUAAAACAACGAACGGAAAUGUAUGCGCAGAAGUGCCCGGAGGCUGGCAAACAUCUCACUACCUAA